UCUGGAGUGCCACUCACUGGCUGGCAGUGAGGAGCCAGGAGACUGGCAUUCCCAGCACCAAAGUCCUAUUGAUCUUUGCCCUUGCCCCUCCCUGGGAGCCUUGGCCCUCCUCCUGCCUUUAUUUCUUCUCUGCUGGCCUUUCCUGUUCUCUGUCUCCUCACUUCCCUCCGUGGCCCUGCUCUGAACUGGCGGUUUUUCCUAGCUCCUUGCCCAGGCCGAUCCUUCCAUGCUGUCUUCAAGCCCUGCUUCCUGCACAUCUCCCAGCCCAGACGGGGAGAACCCAUGUAAGAAGGUCCACUGGGCUUCUGGGAGGAGGAGGACAUCAUCCACAGACUCAGAGUCCAAGUCCCACCCGGACUCCUCCAAGAUACCCAGGUCCCGGAGACCCAGCCGCCUGACAGUGAAGUAUGACCGGGGCCAGCUCCAGCGCUGGCUGGAGAUGGAGCAGUGGGUGGAUGCUCAGGUUCAGGAACUCUUCCAGAGUCUUGCUCUGUCACCCAGGCUGGAAUGCAGUGGUGCGCUCCACUCUCUGCAAUCUCUGCCUCCCAGGUUCAAUCGAUUCUCCUGCCUCAGCUCCCGGAGUAGCUGGGAUUACGGGAUCAAGCAACCCCUUCUGAGCCUGAGAUUGACCUGGAGGCUCUCAUGGAUCUAUCCACAGAGGAGCAGAAGACUCAGCUGGAGGCCAUUCUUGGGAACUGCCCUCGCCCCACAGAGGCUUUUAUCUCUGAGCUGCUCAGUCAACUCAAGAAACUCCGGAGACUCAGCCGGCCUCAGAAAUAAGCCUGAAAGACCAUCUUUAGCAGCCUCAGCGCUGCCAGGCCUGCCCUGAAACUCCAGAUCCUGGCUAAGAGGGAAAUAGCUCCUUGGGACACAAACAAGAAAUGUGAACAAGGAGGGACAUUUGCAUACUCCUACUGGCUGUGCGGUCACAACUAGUUUCUGUCAGCUGGGCUCUCUGGGAGAGAGCUGGCUGCUGUCUAAUGCCUUCCUUGGCAGCCAAGUGGAUAAAACCUUUAGGAGCCCCA